AUGUUCCUCAAGAAUGCUGAGGUACAGACCUUCAACGGCUGCGGGUACUGCAAGUGGGCGAAGACGAAUCCGCCCCCGCGUCUCGCAGGCUAUCAGAACCAAGGAUGGCCGGGCUGCUGCCGCGCCCCCAACCCCGGCGAAUACAAGUUCAUUGGAGCCGCAGACUGGCCCACCGUCAGUCUCGUCCAUCACAUCCCCAUCCCGCCCGAGAUCAAAGCCAUUCUCGACGGCAUCACCGCUCCCAGAGGCGCGUCUCCCCUCGCCGCCACCAGCCCGACCGGGACGGUGCGCAGCGCCACCGUCCAGGCGGCUGCCCCGGUCAUGUCGCGGCGGUCUAGCACCAACGUUGCUAGCCCGACGAGAAACGAAGCGGCGACCGCGAAGGGCACCGUAGCCGUCAAGCGAUCGGGAGGGAGCCCGCAGCAAGGGUCAGUGUCGCUCUCGGGCAGCCCUCGUGGCGCUGCGGGAGAUGGCGCGAUGGCAUCGCUGUCGAAGGCGUCGACGCUCGAGCAGCAUCAGAGCUCUCGUCGGUCGGCUAUGGACGUCUUCGCGGAGAAGCGUCCUGAUCCAUCGAAUACCACACAGCAUUCGCCGGGGCGUAAACACACUGAGCUGAGUGGCUCACUCAUUCGACGCAGCUCUGAGCAGCGCCGCCCGUCCAUAUCUGCCUCCCCGCCGUCUGCCCUCGCCACCAAGGCGGACGCCACACCUCAGCGCCGCCGCACCGCGCCGUCGACGCCCAAUGCCCCAGCUGCCGCCACACUCCCUCAGCCGAUUCGGCCCGUCGAGCGGCCCGCCCCUGAGCCCAAGCGCGGCAGCCCGCUGGAGGAGGCCGUCGAGAAGAUGAGCCUGUCCAGUGCGUCGAGCAGCAGCAGCGGUAGCAGCUCGGAGACCACCGUGAUCUCCGACGGUGGCUUCACCGACUACCUGUCCGAUGAGUCCGAGGCGGAGCUGCAGCGGCAGGCAGAGGCGAAGGCGGCGGUGCAGGCGCAGAACCAGCUCGAGGAGCUCGAGUUCAAGGCUGCGCGCCAGCAGCUGGCCCAUGUCGACCUCCGCCCGCCCAAGUCCUGGAGGACGGACAUCCACAGCAGCACGCCGCGCUCGCAGGUCCCCGCCGCCCGCACGACGUCGUCUUACGGGCAGCCGUUUGGCGCCGCACCGGCGUUCGCCGCCAGCGCUGCAUCUACUCAUUCGCGGGGAUAG